AUGAUCAACGUACGCAACUUAGCCGCCUCUUUGGCGUUCACCUCCCUCAUCGGAGCUGUGGUGGCCCAUCCUGGCGAGCCUACGGAGAAAGUCAGACGUGAGAUUUUGGCUCACCGGGAGGCUCAAGCUCUCGGCCGUCGUGCCAUCAGCGCAUGCGCGUCCUCUCCCAAGACGGCUGCUCUAAAGGCUCGUGCGACCGCCCGCCGUGCUGCUACCGCCGAGGCCCUUCGCCAGAAGCGUGGCCUGACUCAGAUGUUGUCAGAAACUCUCAAGACCAAGCGUGACCAGGCAGGCUUCGAUAAGUGGACUGCUACCGAACACGACCUCUCGUCUCUCGGCUACGACCUUGAUACGCCGCUGGACACAAUCUUCUCUUCCAACGCUACCUGCACUCUGGUUCCUGAGAUUGAUAUAGGCCCUUACUGGGUUGGUGGCGAGUUGAUGAGGACCGAUGUCGUUGAUGGCCAACCUGGUGUUCCCUUUCACCUCGACCUUCAGCUCCUUGACCUGAACACCUGCGAGCCCAUCCCCGCUGAGACUCUCGUUGAUAUCUGGUCUUGCAAUGCCACGGGUAUCUACUCUGGUGUCUCGGCUGAGGGCCAGGGCGGCCUGGACUCGACCCACGGUCGUGGCGUCCAGAGCUCCGACGAGGAUGGAGUAGUCCAGUUCGACACGAUCUUUCCGGGCCACUACCCCGGGCGCACGCCUCACAUCCACGUGAUGACUACCUCUGGCGCCACCCUCCUGGAGAACGGCACAUAUGUGUCCACCAGCGGUACCCCAUCGCACAUUGGCCAGCUCUUCUUCGACCAGGACAUCAUCCUGGAAACCAAGGCCACCGAGCCCUACUCCUUCAACGAGCAGCCCUUCACAACCAACGAGCAGGACAGCUACGGAAUCGAGCAGGCCACCAUCGACUACGACCCCUUCGUCGACUACGUCCGCCUCGGUGAUGACCUGAGCGACGGCCUGCUCGGCUGGAUUACCGUAUUCAUCGAUACCACUAAGGAUGUCUCGGAUGGACGCCACGAAGCUGCGCACUACUACGAGGAUGGCGGUGUUGAUAAUAGCAAUCCUCAGCCAUAGAUAAUGGCACAUAGCUCGCUUGGGACAUAGAGUGCCUGGGGUGCCUAUUUCGAAAAGUUGGGGGGGGAGGUAGUUCUCACUGUAGAUAGCGUUGGACCCCUCCUACUUUAGUAAAUAUGUCGACAUCUAGACCGCAUAUUAGUGCGAAAAAACAAACAAAUCUGUCAUUACCGCUCAUUCAUUGCUUCGUCUUUCUUGGCUUAAUCUUCUAUUAGACUUAUGUGAAGUAUGACACGUGGUUUGUUCUUCUGGCGCAAGGACAAUCCAGAUUGCUCUUCCUAUCUCAUCUCUAACAUUUUUAUUUAGCUGAAAGAUGUCCGCGUAUAGAAUGUUUUGAGUUAUUCUCCUGUUUGUGUAGGAGGAUGAGACACACUUGGGGCCCAUGGACCUCUGAAUGGAAAACAGAAGCUACCUAGAAGAUUGAAGAGUUCGUCAGGGAUUGCUUGUCGAAGCAUAACUUACGACCUGGGGUAAUUGUAUGCGAUGAGGUAAGCUUCGACUACCUACAUCCCUCUCUAUCUCGACAAUGCGUAGACCUAAAUGUGUCUGGUGUUGCGCAUGAAUACCCCAUGCAUGAGCGUCUAAGUCAAGGCUAUUUGAACCAAUCUUCU